AUGUCGGAUCGUAUUAGAAAACAAGGUGACAUAUCAAAGGCACCUACGCCCCAAAACACGCCUUCCAGCGUGGCAAACUCAUACUUGAAACAACAGCCCCCUUCCGUGUCUACUAUUAGCGAAGAGGAUGAAAACAACUUGAGCAAGCAGUUGGCCAACAACCCAGCGCUUUUGUCGAUGAUCCAGGGCAAAUUGGGCUCUCUUGUGGGCCAGCAAAGCGGGUACAUUGAUGCAUUGCCUGCUGCGGUUAAGAAGCGUGUGAUGGGCUUGAAGGCAGUCCAGCUGCAGCAAAUGAAGUUGGAAGCCGAGUUUCAGAGAGACUUGUUGGAGUUGGAAAAGAAGUAUUUCAAGAAGUACGAGCCAUUGUAUGAGAGAAGAAAGGAUAUCAUCAAUGGUGUCCAGGAACCAACUGCCGAUGAGGUCGAGGUUGGUGAAUCCCUUGAGGAGAAGGAUGAAGAUGAGGAAGAAGAAGAGGAAGAAGACGAGGAAGACGAUGACGAAUCCAAGGGUAUUCCUAACUUCUGGUUGACCGCUCUUGAGAACUUGACCACUGUCAGCGAGACCAUCACUGAAAGAGACAGCGAUGUAUUGGAGAACUUGAAGGAUAUUCGCAUGGAGUACUUGGAGACGCCGGGCUUUGAGUUGAUUUUUGAGUUCAACGAGAACGCAUUCUUCAGCAACCAGGUGUUGACGAAGACGUACCACUACCAGGCCGAGUUGGGAUACUCUGGAGACUUUGUGUAUGACCAUGCCGAUGGAUGCGAAAUCAACUGGAAGUCCAAGGAGAACAAUGUGACCAUCAACAUUGAAAGAAGAAAGCAAAGAAACAAGAACACCAAGCAAACGAGAACUAUUGAGAAGUUGACGCCCACAGAGUCUUUCUUUAACUUCUUUGACCCACCUAAGCCACCAAAGGCUGGGGAGCUGGAGGAUGAAGAAGCCGAUGAGGACGAGGAACAGGAAGCUGACUUGGAGGCCAGAUUGGAGUUGGACUACCAGUUGGGUGAGGAGAUCAAGGACCGUUUGAUUCCACGUGCCGUGGACUGGUUCACUGGCGAUGCUGUGGACUAUGGAUUCCCAGAAGACCUUGAAGGUGACGAAGAGGAGGAUGAGGAAUUCGAUAGUGAUGAAGACAGCGAGGAAGAUGACGAGGAGGAAGGUAUCGAUGAGACUGGUCCUAAGGAAAACCCACCAGAGUGCAAGCAGCAGUAA